GCUUACUCGUUGUUUCUCGCGUGUUUAGCGAUCGCAGUCGUCGGUUGAUUCAGUGGAUAGUAAAUUUCUACAAAGUAAGACUUUGCAGUCAAUCGGGACAGUCGGUGGCACUUCUAGAGCUACAGGUUAACCCUAAUUUAUGAGCUAACUAGCUAAAGAGAAGUUGAGUUGGAUGUUAUAUUAGAGAGCGUUUUUUAUUCUCUACUUUUCUGUCAUGUACGCGUCUAUCUAUCUGUAGAGAUCCACAUUUUGUUGCUGUCGAGAUCAUACAUGCAGAACUUGGGAGCAAUGCCGAGGAUUUCUAAAAAAUCACGGAUCUUCUGGUCUAGUUUGUUCGUGUUUCUGUUGGCAUUACGAUGGGUAAACCUUCCAGCUGACUGGGGACUCUAUAACGUUUUGGUAAUGUUUUCUGCUUCACUCGUGUUCUUUUUGAAUUACAACUACAAUUGUAACAAAAUUCUCUUCCAUGUUGUUUCCGGAAUCAUGUGCACUGUUUUAAUUUUUGAUGCAAUAUCUCUGCACAAAACUUGUUGGGAAUCUGUUCAGAAAACAGCACAUCAACUUUCAGAAGACACAAAGUUUUCAGACAGAGCGAUGCUCGACGCCCUCAUAGUUAACAAUCUCAUUACUGAUAUGCAACAUAGAAAGAAAAUAAGUAAUAUGAAAGCAAAUUGGACAGACUUGAAUACUCACUGGUUGUUGACCGAAGUACUUCCGUUGAGUGGCAAUCAAGGUUUUACUAAGUUUUGUUGUUUACUACAUGCAAAGUCUAACAUUUCUCAAAUUGAAAGAAACCUCUGUGAUAAAUGCAGCGUUUCAUUUUUGAAAUGCGAAACAAGCGACUCGACCAAGUUUUACGUCGACUCAUCUUGUUGGCCUCUAUUUGAUAGUCGUCAAAGCUCUCUAGACACUGAUCACGUCAACGUUGCUGGCAUGCCCGUUCUUUUGAAAAAUAUGAAUGAACAAGAAGCGAAGUGGGAUCCUGUGGUGUUUACAGUGUCACUUGUUUGCAUCAAUAACAAAAUUACUGCAACAAUGACAAUAUUAACUAAUGAAGAAAUCCACUUUCACGAAGAUGUUUUCUACAAAAACAUGGCUGUUCAUCUAGACGUCGCAGCAUUUGAAAUAAAAGUAGUUUUGUCUAACAAGAACAAUACUUGGAUGUUGCUACGUUUGACUACUCGAGCUGGAUUAAAACUUUUAUCUACAUUUAGUACGGAAAAGUUGAAAAGUGAAUUUGAACAAGCAAUUGCAACAAAAGCAUGGAGUUCUAAAUCAACGACAAACUUUACUAUACAAGUGACAAUAAGUGAUUUGAGGCCGUAUACAGUUUACAUAGACAAAGGGGACACUGCUCGCUUCGACGAAGGUAAAACUUGUUGGAAAUCUGUUCAGAAAACAGCACAUCAACUUUCUGAAGACAGUCGGUUUUCAGACAUAGCGAUGCUCGAUGCACUCGUUGCUAACAAUCUCAUUAUUGACAUGCAACAUAGCAAAUGACAUCAAAGAAAAAUGGACAAACUUGAAUACCUACUGGUUGUUGACAGAAGCACUACCA